AUGGGGAAUAAUGGGGAUAUUGAUUAUCAACUAUUUAGUGAAUUAUCCUCUUCUAUAUAUCCAUCUUGUUUAUUAAAUAAUAAUCAUUUAAAUGAUUUAUCAAAAUUAUGUAUUUCAUUAAUUCAUUGUCAUGAUCAUUUCAUUGAAAAUAUUCAAGAGAUUAAUUCUGUUCGUGAUGUUGUAUUAAGACGUGUAAGACGUGAUAAUCAUCAUCAUCAUCAUCAUCAUUGA